AUGCCCAACCGAUUGCUGGAGGAGCGAAUCAUAGCGCCACAAAAGCAAAAGAAUCAGAAGCGAUACCAGGGCCUGGUGACCAAGCACAAGUACCGACUCGGCUCGCCAAGGUUCAGGAUCUCGAGGCGCAUUAGAGACCCAGAGUGCUGGGAAGUGCUUACGCGAGAUACUGAAGUUGUGGGUCCUAAAGGGUGUUGGGUUGCGAAAGGAACGCCGACUUUGGAACGCCCGUUCGGGAGUGCUGCCAACGCGUACCGCGUAUACCACGUCGAUCGCAAAUGUCUCAACGAGAAGCUGAAAGGCGAGGUAGCAUACACCCACCUUGCUAUGAAUGUCAUGGGCUUCAGGUGGGCGCUCAAGUUCACGACGAUAAAAUGCUUCGGCCACGAGGAAUGUCCUGAGUUCUGCCCGGAGCGUUUGAAAGAGGUGGAGCGGCAGUUGAAGCGAGAUGGCCACCGGCCUGACAAGUGCGACUAUGCAGAGAUAGUGGAGUAG